AUGAGUCCUCUUAAAAAACAUUAGGGUUUCUUACCCACCCACUGCUUUCACCGCCGCUCUUCUACAUCACUUGUCUCUGCCUGCUACACAGGACCACAGCCUCUUCCCGCCUCUUCCACCGCCUCUCUCCGCCACCUCCUCAACGUUGUCUCUCUUUCUCUUUCUCGUACCAGGGUCUAUUCUAGUGAAGGGGAUCGGGAGUUAUUUGUUCUCUCAUUGAUCACUCUACUGUGAUAUGUCAAAUGGACAAAUUUAUCCUACUUCACUAGAAGGAGAUUCUGGUGCGGCAUUUAGUUCGUUUGAAGAAUCAUCUACUAGUCCAGUCAUGGAGAAUCUUAAUGAAGAUGCAGAUAACGCAAACAAUGCGAUUCCCGUGGAGGGCAAUCCUCCAGAUGAGGAGGUUCAUGAAGAAGAGAAUAACCCAUUCGAAAAGAAGGGUAGGAAACGAACAUCAGAGGUUUGGAAGGAUUUCGAAGAAGUGUCGCUUCCCGAUGGAACCAAGAAGUAUCAAUGUAAGUCAUGUAAAACCAAGUUUGCCAUUCAUAAAUCGGGUGUUACUAGUCAUCUUAAUAGGCACAUGCGUAACUGCCUACUACGUCGAGUUACAAUUGGACAAGAGAAAAGGCAAAGGACACUAUCAUUUGACACUAUAGGAUCCGAUAGCGGAAUGAGUCUCACCACAUUUAAAUAUGACCAUGCAAAGGUAAGGGAAGCAGCUGCACAAAUGAUACUUUAUCACGAGUAUCCAUUUAACAAAAUGGAGCAUGUCUUGUUCAACAAAUUCAUGAGGGCAGCCACUCCAUAUUGGCAGAAGAUAAGUCGUGCCACCGCAAAAGGUGAUUGCAUCUCAACUUAUACCCAACAUAAGAAGAAGUUGAAAACAUUGUUUAGGAGUGUUCAUAGAAUUGGUAUCACGACGGACUUAUGGAAGUCGACAACCCAAAAAAUUCAAUAUAUGGUUGUGACUGGUCACUUUUUAGAUGAAACUUGGAAGCUGCAAAAGCGUGUGCUUAACUUUUGCAAUGUACCACCUCCACACACGGGUGUUAUCAUUGCCGAUGCUCUUUAUAAGUGUCUAGUUGAUUGGGGCCUUGAGGAUAAGGUGUCUAGUAUUACAGUAGACAAUGCAUCAUACAACGAUGUUGCUUUGAAAAAUUUGAAAGCGACCUUUGAGUUAUUGAACAAGAAGAUGCUUUUUGAGGGUCAAAUUUUUCAUGUGCGUUGUUGUGCACAUAUAGUGAAUAUCAUGGUGCAGGACGGGCUUGGGGAAAUAAAAGGCAUUACUGAUCGUGUUAGGGAAGGUGUGAAGUACUUGGCUGCAUCUGAAGCACGGCUUAUUCAAUUUGGUGAGAUUGUUAAGAAUUUGCAAUUACCUUUGAAGAAGCUGAUAUUAGAUUGUUCUAUGAGAUGGAAUUCUACUUACAUGAUGUUGUCUGCUGCGUUGGCAUUCAAAAAUGUCUUCCCUAUGUACAAGGCAAGAGAUGUUGGUUUCCUGUAUGUGCCCAGUGUUGAGGAUUGGGAGAAAGUUGAAUGUGUGUGUGAAUAUUUGUCAAUUUUUAAUGAUGUCACCAAUAUUAUAUCGGGGACUGAGUAUCCAACUUCUAAUUUGUUCCUCAUCGAGGUUUGGCGAAUGAAAGAAGUAAUUGAUAAAAAUUCGGACAACGAAAAGGAGUACAUGAAAGCGAUGGCUUUGAAGAUGAAGAUAAAGUUUGACAAGUAUUGGGGUGAGUGUAAUCUAUUGAUGGCCUUGGGGGCUGUGUUGGAUCCAAGAUACAAAAUGACGCUUAUUGACUGUUGUUUCCCCGAGAUAUACACAGAGUCAGAAGCUGCGAGAAAUAGUUCUAUAGUGCUUCAGUCUCUUCAUGAGCUUUAUAAGGAGUAUGUUGCUGCGUAUUCUCUUGUCAACAUUGAGCAAAAUUCACAGCAAAGUGCUAAAGAUGUUUGUUCUUCUAGUGUUGUUUCAGGGGGGAUUAAAAAAAUGGGUGGUGGAAGAUCCAAGUUUGAGUCUUUUGUUAGAAAAGCGGACAUUGUUCAACCUGUGAAAUCCGAAUUGGACAUUUAUUUGGAAGAAGGUGUCUACAUUUGUGAUGAAAACUCAGAUUCCCAUUUUGAUGCAUUAGAGUGGUGGAAAGCAAACAAUUUGAAGUUUCGCAUAUUGUCUAGGAUGGCAGCUGACAUAUUAUCAAUUCCUAUUACCUCUGUGGCUUCCGAAUCCACAUUUAGUGCUGGAGGUAGGGUGAUUGAUCCAUACCGCUCCUCAUUAGCAACUGAAACGGUUGAGAUGUUACUUUGUGGAGCUGACUUUGUACGUGCACAACAUGGACUCAAAAAGCGAUCAGAAACUGAGGAGCCAACAAUUCAGGAGAUUAUAUUUCCUUAGUCGAUACCUUUAUGAGGUUGAAAAUUAAUGCAGGUGAUAGGAAAUGCAGGGCCUAGGAAAAGCUGAAACAUCUAACCUUAUAACACCUACUUUGCUUCUUUUUGGAUGGGAACAUAUUAUGCUUCUUUUUGGAUGGGUAUAUAUUUUGGUGCUUGUGGAUGGGAACCACCUUUUGAGUGCUUUUUUACUUGCAAUUGGAUUACAAGCACUUGUUAUUUUUGUGUUUUGCUUGUUGGACAAUGUAUUCUAAAUCUCUGAUGUAA